AUGUUGGCGGAACCCACCUUUUGUCACAAGCCAUCGACCGUCUCGGGUGGAGGCAAAUCAGAAAUCUCAAAGUCGCUCAGCGACGCGGUCUUGCAUGGACCCAUCUUUAUUGGUGAAUAUGAAAAGGACAUGCAGCUUGUCAAGGAGAUCUUUGACAGGGACUACAGCAGCUGUAUCCUACCACAACUCAAGGAAGGACAUUCCGAUCCAUCCCACCCAAUUCUUAGCAUGGACAGGACCUUGGGAAGUGUCAUGAAGCUUUUGACAGCCGAUGAUGUCUUUACAACGGAGCCCCCGGGCACGGGUUAA